GCGGGCCCCCUCGUUGGAGGAGGCAACGCCGAAAGAAGCUGUUGCGUCGCCUCCCGCCCCCCCUCCAUGAGCUUCCUCCCAUCCGUCGAUCCUCCGUCGCCGCUCUGAUCGUUUUGGGAUCUAGCUUGGACGAUUUGUGUGUUCAACGAUGGGAGUCUCGGUGGACAACAUUCGGGGUCUCGUGCUGGCCCUAUCGUCGAGUCUUUUCAUCGGGUCAAGCUUCAUCGUGAAGAAGAAAGGGCUCAAAAGGGCCGGGGCGCAUGGCGUCAGAGCAGGUUCGGGAGGGUUCUCAUACUUGUACGAGCCUCUCUGGUGGGUUGGGAUGCUUACUAUGAUACUUGGUGAGGCAGCUAACUUUGCUGCCUAUGCAUUUGCUCCGGCAAUUCUUGUAACUCCUUUAGGAGCACUGAGUAUAAUUGUCAGUGCAGUGCUAGCUCAUUUCUUUUUAAACGAGAAACUGCAUAUAUUUGGCAUCCUUGGGUGUGUUCUUUGUGUGGUUGGUUCUGUUAGUAUUGUUUUGCAUGCUCCAAUAGAGAAAAAUAUUGAAUCAGUUAAGGAAGUUUGGUACCUUGCCACUGAACCAGGGUUUAUCGUUUAUUUCUGUGUGGUCAUGUUCUUGGUUGUUUUUCUCAUCUUCCACCUAGUUCCACGUUAUGGGCAAACAAAUUUGGUGGUAUAUGUUGGAAUUUGCUCACUCAUGGGUUCCCUGACGGUUAUGAGUGUAAAAGCAGUGGGCAUUGCGUUAAAGCUAACAUUAUCGGGAAUGAAUCAAUUUGUCUAUGCUCAGACCUGGUUUUUUACAGUUGUUGUAGCAAUCUGUUGUCUCAUGCAGAUGAAUUAUCUGAACAAGGCACUCGACACCUUCAAUACUGCUGUGAUAUCCCCAGUCUACUAUGUGAUGUUCACUACUCUCACCAUAUUGGCUAGCAUGAUCAUGUUUAAGGAUUGGGCCUCCCAGAAUGCUUCCCAGAUGGUCACUGAGAUAUGUGGGUUCGUUACAAUACUCUCUGGUACUUUCCUUCUCCACAAGACAAUGGACAUGGGAGAAAGUACUCCCAUGGAAACAAUAGCCCUGAGUGACUCCUAGAAAUUCAAACAAGUAAUUCAUCCUUGCUUCGGUCAUUGAUCGAUCAAGUUUCAGCAUCAAAUUACUCCAUCAAAUCAGAUCGUCCCACUGAAACUCCUGUGCAACUCUUUCCUGAAAAGAACAUCAAGAAAGCCUGAGGAAGAUGACAGUCCCUGAUCCAUGCUUGGGACAUACUCUGUAUUCUCAAUAUCUUUGUUCUGGAUUUUGACAUGCCAUAAACAUGGUUGACUGACGAAGAAUGCAACUUCUACCGUCCCAAUUUAGUACAAGGGACUUCAUCUACCUAUGUGUAUUCGCUGUCAACAACUUGAUCUGGAGAUAGAAAGCUUCGAUUCUUUUCAUCUUGUAACAACUGAUGUAUGGUCUGUAUCUUUUUUCAUUGUUCAGUAUAUUUUUGUCGCAUGAUUCUACUUGUAUAGCUGACUUUUUCUUCUGGAAGAAGACCAGACAAUUAAUCAGACUUGUCAGAGAACUGAUUCCCAAACCAAUGUAGCUGAAAUUGUUUUCAAUAGC